AUGUACCUCCUACUACUAAUUUACACCUUGAUCGGCGUGGCUAUCGCCCAAAAUGUAUUUACUACAGGAACAUGUGUGACUUCGCGAGGAUGCGGCGCCUUUCCUACUGCUUCGCGUACACCUCCCACUACGAUAACGAAUACCAUUCAGUUAACACUAACCCGCAUCGUAACCGUCUGUCCUACAGCGACAGUCUUUGCCUUCAAUAGCACCUCAACCACAACUGGAACUCAAACUGUCAACUCAACUGUGGUCUCUGCUCUGCGGGUCACCGAGACGUCUACUGUCACGACUGAUGUCACCUCCACCGACAAGGAAGAAGCUACUACUACUGUCACGUCAACAAGUACCGUGACAUUGACAGCUACCAUUCGACACACAUCUACUAUUCCUGCUACAGCAGGCUUCGUCCCCAUCGCCUCUGAACCAGGCUACGUCCGUCGACGCCGUAACAAACGUGGCGAUGACAAGUUGGUACCAACGGCUCAACCGGCCCUGGAAAAGAGAUGCUGGCCAGAUAUCCAAGCUGUUGUCUGCAACACUACUAUUUUCACUCUGACCGCCCAAACCGUUACCCGGGUUAGAUGUCGCACGCCGCUACCUACUAUAACUGUGACUCGGAACGUAACUGUGAACACUGCUACUGCGACUGUUACUACUACAAUUAUCAGUACGCGGACUGAGAGUACGACUGUGCAGGCCACUGUGGAAAAUGUGAUUACUGAGACGACUACCUCGACUUGGACUUGGACCACAGGGCCUAUCGAUUGGAAUACGACAUUCUUUGCGACCACAACUCUCGCUACUGCAACGACAUAUGCUGCAUGUCAAGCGAAUAACCUCAUCAAUUCAGCGAACGGAGGACAUUUCAUCUGGCAAAUCAACUACGGUGGUUCAAGAAAUCAGAUCCAAGUUGGAAUUCCAGCACGGAAUGCUUACGAAUGCUGUGUAGCAUGCCAUCAAACUCGUAACUGCAUCUGGUCCAACUUCCCAGGAGGCUGCGAAUUGGUAAUUGCGAACUCCUGCAAUUCCAACGACAACUUCAAUUCAUCAUUCAUCACUUCACCAGAUGUGAGGAGGGGAACGACGAUUAGUAACGGUCCUUGUGGAUUUAUUGCCAAUGGGGGAGAUAUCCCUCUGGUUUAG